ACCACUUCUUUGACCUGUCGGCAGUUAUUCUGAGGAGGCUUAACAGAAAUUUCAGAAAAAAAAGUCUUGUUUUCCGAGGCUGUUGAGCAUAUCCUCCGCCAUGGCAUCACUGACAUCUUCCAGCCGCAGAUCUUCCUCUUCCUACCGCUCAUCGUCACGUUACAGCACCUCCAGCUCCUACCGGUCGGAGGGCUCGCUGGGCGGGUCGUCCGAUUCUCUGGAUCCUCUUUUCGAGCCGUUUCUGGACUCUGCUGAUCACUCCGGCCUGUUUGGAGACGAGAGUCCGGUGGGAGCCAGCUGUUUGACCCCCUUCAGCAGGCACAACAGGUCCUCCUAUGGACACUCUGCUCCUGUAGGCGGCGCUGUGACGGGCCGGCAGAGCAGCACAGGUGGCGGCGUGCGAUGUCUGGGAGACAGCUACUACAUGUCAGCUGACGUCAGCCAGUUUGAGCCACAUGACGUAGUCGUGAUGGCGUUCAACCACCAUGUUGUCAUUCACGCCCAGAAGGUACUAGACGAUGGAAGCGUCAGUGACACGUUCACCCAUAAGUCCCUGUUUCCGGAGGAUAUGGACCCAUUGUCGGUCAGCGGGACUCUUAACCCUGAUGGUACCCUGGUGGUGAGCGUCCGCCGGACCACAGCGCUGGGCGGGCUGGAGGGCGUCCCCACCUACCGCACUGAAGCUCACCUUUGACUUGUGGCCUCAUAGUGCUUCUCACAGUAUCUCAGCUACCAUUGUUUGAAUAUUAUUAUUUUAUAGUGUUGUCAGUGACGUACACUCACCUAUGAAGUCAAUACAGGAAUUAGAAAACUAGUGCACACUUUGGAUCAGAUCCAUUGGGGGUCAGAUAUUUUCAGGUGUCUUUGAUUCUUUACUAAUAAAACCCUCUGAAAUGUAUGUUUGACUUACAAGAACUUGCCUGAACUCAGUUUAACUAUCUUUUUAUUUAAACGAUGUAAUUAUAAUUUUACUUUUUCAAUCUUGUAAAUGUGUACUUUUUACAGUGUGGUGUCAAACUAAGUUGUAUGAGG